AUGGCGCCAGGAUGGUACUGUGGCAAAUGCGGGCUCUACAACUACGGGCAUCGCCACACAUGCCGCCAGGCAGAGUGCGACGGGUGCAAUCCAUAUCAAGCAGUGCAGCCAGAGCAAGGAUACUGGUCGCAGUUCGUGGUGCCAGGGGCCGCCUGGCAGCAAGGCCCACCCGCGCUGCGCAAGGGUGACGGGGGCAAGGGCGGCGGCAAGACGUACAAAGGCGGUGGGAAGAAAGGUGACGGUGGAGGGGUACCUCCGCCAGGCAAGAAGGGGCCAGGCGGCGCGCCGCCAGGCCGUGCGCCCGCGCAAGAGGAACGCAACAUGUGGCUUCAGAUGGGAGAGGAGCAGUUCGCCGUCUUGGGUCAAAGUUUGUCGCAGUCGCACAGGGAUCAGUUCACCCACGCUCACGCCAUGGCGAACUACGGUUUGCAAGGUGCGCAGGCGGAGGCGCAGCAGGCCCAUCUUCAUAUCGGGAAGUACUCGCAGCAGGUGCUGCACCAGAAGCAGAGGCUCGCGAAGUUGAAGCAGCAGUCUUGCGCGGCCAUCGUGGCGGUGCUGGAAGCGAAGGAGCAGUUGCGCGAGACGGGAACGCAGCUGGCGGAGGCAAAACAGAGGGCGUCCCAGCACCUGGGUCAGCAGGCAGCGCAGCCGCCUGCGGUCCAUGCGGCUGAGGUUAAGGCGCAUAUCAAGGAGGCCGUGGGCAAGCUCAAGGAGGCGGUGCCGCAGGAGGUGGCGCCGCAGCUCUCGGAGGCCUUCGAGCACUUCGGCAAGGCCAUCGAGGCGGUCAUCCAAAAGAUGGCUGCUGGCGGUGAUGCUGUUGCUUGGGAGUCUUGGUCUGCAGAACUCUGUGGGCAGUUCGAGUCGCAUGAGAAGCUCAAGGAUCCAGAUGUGCAGGCCGCCAUCCAGACAUUGUUCAACAAGGCCCAGCAACGCCACCCGGAGGACAAAGAGGAGCUUGGCAAGCGAGACGCCCGCAGCAGGAACCCAGGCCGAUCGAGAGCGUCUGAGGGAUCCAAGCAGCGAGCUCUUGGGAUUCUUGAGAAGUUCGGAGGAGUAGUGAUCCAGCCUGUGCAGCCCACGUGCAGAGUGGGCAAGGAGUGUAGAACCCUGGAUUAUUUCAUCGUAUCAGGUGGUCUGGUGUCAGCAGUGGCCAGGUGCGAUCGAAUCGACGAGACGGAGCUGUCUACGCAUUAUCCCGCUAAGCUCGUACCCAGGAUUGAUUCGCAUCUGGCCCAGAUUCGUGUUCUGGCGAAGCCUCGUCCUUUCCCCGAUGAGCAUCCCGUUGGACCAGCACCAGAGCCACCGCAGGCCUGGCGAUAUUUUCUAGAUAGGUUGGAGACCUACGUCGCGGGCUCGGCCUUCACGGCGGAGCAGGCGCGAUCUGCGCAUGCAGAGUCGUGUGCCCUGGCAGAGCAGGAGCUGGUGAACACCUACCAGGAGUCGAUGUUUCUGAUCCGCAAGGGCUGUUCAGGCCACGAAGGCAGGAGUCAGCAGGUGCUCGGUUUGCUGAACAAGCUUCGGGAGCCGCCAGAGACCCUGUGGGAGUGCGAGCGCUGGGCCAGCUGGAGGCUGAAGCAUUUCUCCAUGGAAGGUUAUCGCGCCGAGGCGCUGCACGAGUGGAAGCACAUCUGGAGGUUCGAGGAGGUCCCCGAGCUCAACCCCGAGAUGCUCGCAGGGCUCACUCUGGAGGACCCGGCGCCAUCUCUGGAACCUGGUCAGAUCAGGUCUGUCUUGGGGGAGUUCAAGAAGCACGCGGCGGUAGGCAAGAGAGUGAUCAAAGUCGGUGAGGCCGUUUCGCUGCCGUUUGAAUUGAACGCCGCGGUCGUGGUGGGCUGUUCGUACGCUACCACCUUGCUCAAGGUGGUCCUUUUAGAUGUUUUCGACGCGGCGGCUGCGAGGUGGCCGAGAAUUGGUUUAGCUUUAAUGGUCGACGACUCGAGCUUGCAGGCAGUCGGCAGUCAGAAGCAUGUGAAGCAGCAGCUGGUUAGGUGCACGAUGUUCGUUUGCAGUUCACUCGAGCAACUCGAGCUGAAAGUAUCUCGCAAGAAGUCGCUGCUGGUGGUUGAGAAGUUAGAUCCGAUGUUCCUCGCCCACUUGUUGCCGCGGCAGAUCUGGGUCAGAGCUGUGUUUGAUUCGUGGGCGCCCGACGCCCAGAUGCAGCGCGCCUUCGACUAUGCCGCCAAGUUCCCCAAGAUCCUGCAAGGCGCAAGCUAUAAGUGGGCGGUCCAGCCCGUCAGUGGAGUUUUAGGAGACACAGUCUGCAUCGACGGCUCGGCCUACGACGGCGACAUCCGCCGGCUGUUGCGCGCGGGCUGGUCUCUGGUUUCGAUUCGCACAGAUAUGCAGAUAGAAGCAGUGGCCUAUGGGCCAAGUCCUCUCCCAGUUCAGGGCGUUCAGUCCAGCGAGCUUUACGUAUUCUACAUGGCCCUGCUGAUGGGGCCCCAGAUCCACGUGCUAACCGAUUGUAAAAUGGUGUAUGAUGGCUGGAAUGCGGGAAGGGAGGGGACGGAGAAAAGCAACAAGUGUUAUGCAGAGCUCUGGCGACAGAUCUGGAACAGGAUAGACGACGUCGGAGUUAAUUCGGUGAACGUCAGCUGGAUGCCGUCGCGCAUGUCGAAGGCAACGGUUGAGAGGCGCGGCUACGAGCCGCACUGGACCGUCAAGUCCGCGAUCAAGUCGGAGCGGGACCCCCGCCGGCUGCAGAUGCUGGAAAUCAGGCAGAAGGCGUUGAAGCUCACGGCCAACUCCAUGUACGGCUGCCUGGGCUUCCGCAACAGCCGCUUCUACGCCAAGCCGCUCGCCGCGCUGAUCACCUCAAAGGGCCGCGAGGCGGCCUCGCGCCAAGAGAGGCCCCCUCUAACGCGCGGCGGCUUCACGGCAAGAGAGUUCUGCAGGGUCGAGGUUUGGUCCGCAUCGUCGAUCAAGGGCGGCAUCGGCGGGUCGUUCCGGAAAGUCGACGCGGAGCACACGGGGGGGGACGUCUUCGCGAUCCAGGCGCAGGCGUCCAACCGCGAGACGCUCUGGUCGGAGCUGUUCCAGGAGGCGGAGCGAGCCACGAUGCGCCGGCACCUGGUCUCGCGCGUGGUGACUUUCAGCAUCAAGCUGGUAAUCAAGAACACCCACCAGAUCUCGGUGCGCAUGCUGUGGACCAAGGAUGCACUCGCGCCUCCCCGUCCCAACCAGCUGCGGCGCGACGACGCCGUCAAGGGACCCGUGGCCGUGCUGUGCCACGACUUUGCGGGCAGGCUCACGUCCUCCUGGACGUGGUCGAAGCUGGUGUAUCCGCUACACAGGGCUGGUAUCUCCGUUGUGAUGGUUGACUUUCCUGGCUUCGGAUUGAGCCGAAUUUGUGGCAAGGGUGCCCAACGCUCGUCCUGGAUCGAGCAGGACUGGCGAAUAGUCGAAAAGAUCAUGGACACCCUGAAGAUACGAAGGGCCCACCUCGUCGCCUGCGGGGAGUCUUGCAACAUCGUCCUGAAGAUGCUCAAGUUUGUCAAGAUGCGUCUCGAGAUCACGCACGUCUUCUUCAAUCCAGUGCUGGAUCUGGACUCCCUGUUCUCCUUGGACGAGAUGCGGAAGGGCAGGAUCGGAAACAGGGACAUCAAGGCGUUGAGGGAGGACCAGCGAGACGCUUUUGAGCUGCUGCUGCACAACUCGAGGGUCAAGAUCUGGGCAAUGUUCGACCAGUCCGAAAGUCGAGCGGACCAGGCAAGAAUCAUGCUGGCGAGCUUUCAGUCGCUGCCGUUUUCGAGCGACCAGAUCGCGGUGACGGAAAUUGGUGAGCAGCAUAUCUGCGCCGCCAUGGCAGGCUCCGCAGUGCAGGUGCCGAUAUUGUUUCCGUGCAGGUAUGUGAAACAUAGUUGCGUACGCUUUCUCAAUCUCGACCACACUUUCAAGCCUCCCCCGUCGCUUCUGGCGGAGGAGCAUCGGGGCGACGGCGCUGUGGAGGAGACCUGGUGCGGCCGGGGCCCGAGCCAAACAGCGGUGGCGCAGCCCAGCUUGGUCGGUACCAACCUCGCGGCGCCAAGCAAGGCGCUCGAGGUGGCCAUCGCCGUCUGCGACCGCCCGGGCGGCACCGCCCUGCCCGCUGCCAUGCAGCGCGGCUGGAGCCCCGCGCGGGAGCGGGGCUGCGGCGGCGGCGGCGUGCCGGGAGGUGCCGCGGGCAGCCUCGGGGAGGGGCGCGGGCCCGAGGGCGGCCUCGCCUCGCCGCGGCCCGGAGGCGGCGUUGGGCUCGUCUUCGCCAGGCACUGCGGCAUCCGGGAUGCCACGAGGCUGGCUUGCGAGAUCCAGCCUCCCGACGUGCAUCGGGAGCGCGAGGUCCUGCUCACCAACACCAAGUCCGUCACGAAGCUGAAGAACUGGACGGAGCUCCGGGGCGGGGCGCCCGCCGAUCGUGGGGACGCGCUCCUGCAGGAGAUCUCGGGCGUGGAUCGAGGACGCCAUGGACAUGUCCAUGAAGACCCUCGAGGAGGACGAGGAGAGGCGCCGGCGCCUCGAGCCAGACGCCAGGGGUGGCAGACGCCAGAAGCCAGAACGAGAGGUUGCUGGAGAAGCUCCGGCAGUGGCAGCGGCGCGGCGCGACUGCCCUCGCGCCGCUCCCGCCCCCCGGGCGCUACUUCCACGACUAGGGGGGGGCCAUUGGCCCUGCCCGGCUUGCCACCGGCGUGCGGCCGUCGCAGCGCCGCUGCAGCUCGUCGCCGCUGA